GAAGGGUGUGAAAAAGGAACAAAGGCUAAGUAGAUUUAAUUAUAAAAAGGGUGGGGUUUUGUAGUGUGGGAAAGCCCAUCAAAAUGCAAAGAGCGGCCCCCUGCGGCACACGUCUCCCUUUCUUUUCUCUGCUCGUGCUUUGUUCUUUCGUCAAUCCCUUUCCCCUCCUCAUCCACCGCCUCCGUCCCUUGCAAGAGAGGAGAAAGCAGAGAAAAAGGAAGAAUCUUUUUUAGACCACCUGCCCAAUCUCACCCCGCCCAACCCCAACCCUUCUCGAUCUCACACGGAAGGUGGAUCAAGAUGUCGUCACCGAGCAAGCGCCGCGAGAUGGACCUGAUGAAGCUGAUGAUCAGUGACUAUAAGGUGGAGAUGGUGAACGAUGGGAUGCAAGAAUUCUUUGUGGAUUUUCAUGGCCCGAACGAGAGUCUUUAUCAAGGAGGAGUGUGGAGGGUAAGGGUGGAACUACCAGAUGCGUAUCCUUACAAAUCUCCAUCAAUUGGCUUCAUUAAUAAGAUAUAUCAUCCUAAUGUGGAUGAAAUGUCUGGUUCAGUUUGUUUGGAUGUUAUCAACCAAACUUGGAGUCCCAUGUUUGAUCUUGUCAAUGUGUUUGAGGUUUUCCUUCCACAACUUCUUUUGUACCCAAAUCCUUCAGAUCCCUUGAACGGAGAGGCUGCAGCACUAAUGAUGCGUGAUCGACCUGCUUAUGAACAAAAAGUGAAAGAAUACUGUCAAAAAUAUGCAACGCCCGAAGAUGAAGUCGCUUCUUCGGAAGAGAAAUCAAGUGAAGAAGAGCUUAGUGAGGAUGAAUAUGAUUCUAGCGAUGAACAGGUGGUGGGCAAACCUGACCCUUGAUAGGGCAUUUGUCUGCUAAUUGUACAUGUCUGAUUCACCUACCUACUGAAAAAAUCAAAUUCUUCCUUUCGUGUGCCAUUGUAAAUAAGCAUCAAAAUCAUGAAGUCAUUUAUUAGUGCUGCAUGAAUGAACUUUUUUAGUGAGACCUGAAACUUCACAAAAUUAUUAUCUCAUUAUAUGAAGUUGUUUUAUUA